AUGGCGACAGAGUGGAUUAGGCAGGGCUACCUGCUAACUUUUGUCAUGAUCCUUUGGAGCUCGGUGUGUGGUCGGACGGAGACAGCGAACGUCGAAGGCAGGCGGAUAUUAGGUAUGAGACUGGAGAGGAGCGACAAACCGUUCACGACGACGGACGACGGUGUGAUUCAGGUGACGGAGGAGAGCAGCGUCCAGCUCAGGUUUUACGGACUGCACCUGAGUUCGGAUUCCGCGUACCACAUUCGCUUUAUUGAGACUGACGUGGACGAGGACGAGGACGGCACAGAUAUGGUAAACAGGACUUGUAUCGACUUCACCAAAGAUAUCAGUGUCGGAAACUACAUGAACGUGAGCGGUCAGGGUACUUCAGGUGUGGUUAGUUUGAACGUUAAGCCGCUCCGCAAAAGCGAGCAGCAGCGGGAGUACAGCGUGUGCGUCCGGACUGCGGAGGAUAAAUGGCACAUGCUGUCAGAUAACGAUGGCAAGUUACGAGUUGUGGAGGAGAAAGCUUCUCUUCUUCCUUUGUGGCUUCAGAUCAUCAUCGUGUCAUGCUUACUUGUACUGUCCGGCAUGUUUAGUGGACUCAAUCUCGGACUCAUGGCACUUGAUCCGAUGGAGCUCCGUAUAGUCCAGAGUUGUGGCACAGAGAAAGAGAAGCGGGAUGCCCGCAAGAUCGAGCCUAUUCGCAAGAAAGGAAAUUACCUGCUGUGCUCCUUGUUACUCGGUAAUGUCCUGGUAAACACCACACUCACGAUCCUACUGGACGAUCUGAUCGGGUCAGGUUUGGGUGCAGUAGUAACGUCCACUGUGGGCAUAGUCAUCUUUGGUGAGAUCGUUCCACAAGCACUCUGCUCACGCCAUGGUUUGGCGGUGGGUGCCAACACCAUCAUGCUGACUAAAUUCUUCAUGUUAUUGACGUUCCCCUUGUCCUAUCCUAUCAGCAAGCUCCUGGACUGUGUGCUGGGUCAGGAGAUUGGUACAGUGUACAACCGUGAGAAACUAGUCGAGAUGCUGAAGGUGACUGAACCCUACAAUGACUUGGUAAAAGAGGAGCUUAACAUGAUUCAAGGUGCGUUAGAACUGAGAACCAAGACAGUAGAGGAUGUGAUGACACCACUAAACGACUGCUUCAUGAUCAAGUCUGAUGCUGUUCUGGACUUCAACACCAUGUCGGAGAUCAUGGAGAGUGGAUACACACGGAUCCCUGUCCAUGAAGAUGAAUGCUCCAACAUUGUAGACAUUCUAUAUGUGAAGGACCUGGCGUUUGUUGAUCCAGAUGACUGCACAACAUUAAAAACAGUCACCAAGUUUUACAACCACCCAGUCCACUUUGUUUUCCAUGACACCAAAUUGGAUGCCAUGUUAGAUGAGUUCAAAAAAGGUAAAUCUCAUCUGGCAAUAGUGCAGAGGGUGAAUAAUGAGGGUGAGGGAGACCCCUUCUAUGAAGUACUGGGUCUAGUCACACUUGAAGAUGUUAUCGAGGAGAUCAUCAAGUGUGAGAUCUUGGAUGAAUCUGACCUCUACACUGACAAUCGGAACAGGAAGAAGGUGGACCCUAAUAAGAACAAGCGGGACUUCUCUGCCUUCAAACAAGAAAGUGAAUCCAAGGUUAAGAUUUCUCCCCAGCUGCUCUUAGCAGCUCAUCGGUUCCUGGCUACUGAGGUGAGCCUCUUCAGUCCACUCCAGAUCUCGGACAAGAUCUUGCUGCGGAUCCUCAAGCACCCGGAUGUCAUCCAGGAGCUGAGGUUUAAUGAAAAUGACAAGCGCUCACCGCAGCAUUAUUUGUACCAGCGCAGCAAGCCAGUUGACUUUUUCAUCUUAAUUUUGCAGGGUCGGGUAGAAGUAGAGGCUGGCAAUGAGAACAUGAAGUUUGAGACUGGCCCUUUCUCUUACUAUGGAGUCAUGGCACUGACUGCUCCAGCUUUAGAGUUUCGCUCUCCUUCACACCUGAGUGGCCUGAACCGUUCAGCCUCCCUGAGCUGCUCAGAGAGAGUGGACACGCUUUCUGUCAGCGGCAGCAACUUGCAGCUCAACAGCACCUCUGCACCCCAUUAUAUUCCUGACUUUAAUGUGCGUGCUCUCACCGACCUGCAGUUUGUUAAGAUCAGCCGUUCUCAGUACCAAAAUGGUCUUUUGGCUUCCAAGCUGGACAGCUCACCCCAGUCUCCACAGAGUAAUCACAUCCGAUUAGAGUCUACGCUUGCACCGCCCGUGACCCCACCCACUUCCUCCACGACAUGCAGCUCAGCACCAUCAGCACUUAAAGAGGUUGCAAACGAGACUACUGCAUUGCUUAAUGACAAGAACAUCCAUCGAUCCCACCCUAACACCAACUCCAGCCCUCACCUUCCGCCUCACAAUCGUCCUCAGUCAAACAGUUACCCCAACAACCCAAACACCCAUCCUAUAGUCCACAUCUCUCAUAGCCACGCCCACACCGAGAGCACAAUCUAACUGUGUUUGAGGAGCUGUGGAUGCCAGAUGGACCACUUCGACUUCGGCAUAAGGACACACACAUACACAUGCUGGCACACAUUUAGGCACAUGCACACAAUAUCAUACCUAUCAGCAGCAAUCUGUACUUGCAUAUGGCCAUUCUAAACCUUAUAUGCAAACUAACAAGCACUUUUAUUAUUAUAUUAUUAAUGCACUUCAUGGUAGGAGUUGUAUGUUCUGACUCUAUGCAUGCAAUCUUUUCAUUUUCAUUUUUACCCAGCAGGAUGGCAUCUUUGCAGAAUUUUGACAUUCUGAGCUACAGUACAGCAUACGAAUGAGAUCUACAGGCUGUGGAUGAGAUUUACAGGCUCAGAGUUAGGUUGUCAUAAAGACCAUCCUUGGAGCUUUUCUUUUUUUGCUAUAAGUCCAAAUGUUACAUGGUACUCACAUAAUGAUGUUACACAUACUGAUUACUGUUUCUGUAGCAUGCAAUGGGUAAAAAUGCCUUGGGCACACUAAGGCAUUUCACUGUAUAACGCAAGAUGUGCACUUUUGAUAUCCUCCAUAACAAACCAUUUAUCUUUUUUAAAAGCAUUUGGGCAUCGAUAGCCAUUUGCUACUAUUGCCAAGAGUUCAGUGGCACAUGUGAUGUUUGUGCUAAACUGACUAGGUUUCAUUAAGCACAACCAUUUUUUUUAUUAGGUCAUAGAGUUACCACACUACAGAUGGGCUGCACAAUAAUACAUGAUCAAAUGUGGGAAAUUUUAAAUUCAAAUUAUAAAUGUAAUAUGGUUCUGAAAUUUGCAUGUUUUAUGGAUGGACCUUUAUCCUAUGUGUACGAUAACAGACAUACUCAUACAUAUAGCCCUUAAUUAUAUUGUA